AUGUCUCGACAUGGUUUUCUUCGAGCCAUUUUGCUUCUACAAUGUGUCUUUGUCUUGCUGCUAGGACCUUCCUUGGGGGCAGAUCCAGAAAUCUUUCCAGCAGCCAUCAGCUUGAGAGCUGCAGUUUUGAAUGCGCCGCCGUUUGCUAUAGUCGAUCGGGGAGAUGGAAGUGAUGAUGAUAUUUCGUACCAAGGAUUCCAGAUCGACUUGCUCGAAAGCAUGAAGAUCUUUGCUGCUCAAGACAAUGUUACUUUGAAAGUUUCUCUUAGUCCAGCUCCAACGCAGUACAACGAUGCCCUAGACCUUGUGGCCAACGACUGCACAUCCAAGGGUUACAACGCGUCAAAAUGCGAGGCUUUUGAUCUCAUUAUUGCAGACUUUUGGAGCACCCAUGAUCGAUCGAUGCGAGUGGACUUUACGCCUCCUUGGUUACGGACGACCAUUUCCACUGUCAAAUUUGUGGGCAAAUCUGGCAAAGACUACACAACGUUGCAAGAAGCAUUACAGGCCCAAGUACCAGUUUGUGUACCUGCUGGCACGUAUUUACGAACAGUCGUCUACAAUCGACAUCCUGGAAUGCAUUUCUUGGACUGCCCGUCGCAAGAUGAAUGCUUCCAAGCCCUCAAAGACGAAAAAUGUGUGCUGUAUGCGGAGGAUGAACUGCUCAUCCGAUAUCGCGCUUCAUCGGAUCGAACGCUGGAGCUAACUCGUGAAUCCUUCAACACCCAGUACAUGGUAUGGCCCAUACAUGAUCGGCUUCCGCCGAUGGUUGCAAGACUCAUGAAAAAGUGGGUGUAUCGCGCCGUUGGGAAUCAAACAACAGAUGCACUAUUCAACAAGUACUUUCAAAAGGACCAGUAUUGUCCCGUUGGGACGGCAGGAAAGAACUGCGAUCUCCCCUGUGAUCCCAAUCAUGGAGCUUCCGAUGCUUCUGGUGCUUGCUUGUGUCAAUCAACAAAGUGGACGGGGGAUGAUUGCUCAAUUGAGGAACCAGAGGAUCUAAACCUGCUUCCACCCGGACUGCUGAUUACAUCAUAUGUCCUGGUUACAAUUAACUUUGUGCUGGUAGCAGCUUGUGGAUUGUGGUUGAUGGUCCACAGGAAUCGGGCUCACGUCAAGAUCAGUCAGCCAAGCUUUCUCGUACUCAUCUUGCUGGGCUGCAUUAUUUCUUCUUCGACCAUUUUGGCUUUGGCGCAGGAGGACGAGGGCGACGGCCCUGUUGGUGCCUGCAUGCUCAUUCCUUGGAUGUAUUCAGUUGGUUUCUCAAUCACAUUUGCCACUCUGUUCGCAAAGAUUUUAAGACUGUUCAUCCUCAUGAGGUCUGCCGCAGAGAUGAGACGCGUUACAGUUUCAUUGCAAGGAACUUUGGGGCUUGUAGCGCUUGUGCUUUUGGUAGAUGUUUCUAUUCUGGUGGCAUGGACUGUCUUCGACCCACUUCAGUGGCGCAGAACGAUACUCAGCGAAGAUCAGCUGGGCAAUCCACUUGCUUCGCAGGGUAUCUGUGUCUCGGACUCCUGGGCCAUUUUCGCAUCCAUCAUAUUUGCCUUUCAUCUCUGCCUGAUGCUCGCAGCAUGUUUCAUGUGUUAUGUCACGAAAAAGAUUCCAAACAGACUGAGCAACGGCAAGUUUGUGAGCAUUGCGAUGUUCUCAAAUUUGCAGAUCAUGAUCGUCGCCAUUCCUGUGCUAUUUGUCGUUGGAUCCGAUGCGACAACCAGCUUCUUUGUGAGAUCCAUCGCGAUAUGGGUAAACGACUUUGUGGUUUUGGCCUUGAUCUUUGGCCCGCUAGUUUUCAACGUUACCAAAUUUGAUGAUGCAAAUCGAAGGUCAAGGUUGCAGGAGAACAGUACUGAACCCAUUCACACUGGGAUAAAACAAUAUGCUGAGAAAUUGCGAAGCACAAGAAAGCUGAGUGUUGACAACGCAUGGGGUGGCGAAAAAUAUACAGUGCCAACGUUUGGCAGCAGGAAGACCAACCAAACAGCUACUGCCCGCACUAAUAGAUCAUCACUUGCGGUCAGCAGAGAUCCAGGAAUGCCAGACAGCAGCUUCAAGGUGUUGCCGGAUGGCAACGAACAUGACAAAUAUAUCCCAGAAGAAGAGGAGGAGGGGAUAGAAGAGAAUCCAUCCAAUGCUGGUAUGGCAGCACCUCACGCCGGGGAUGUGUCGUUCAUUGUGGAAAGUUCCAAGGAUUCUGUCGAUACAACGAGUGCGAGAGAUGCACGGAAGACGAUGAAUCGCAUACAACCGGUGCGGGUGGAUAAGCCCAUCGAAUGA